GAGGUGGGGGGAGCAAAUGGAGCAAUAAAUGAAAAUGAAUGGUAAAGAUGAAACGAUAGUCGCAAAGUGGAGAACCAAACAGCAGCACUCACCACCUUCCCGAAAACGACUUCUCCAUAAAGUCCAGCUCCAGUGUGUGCUGUAAAGAUGGAAGAUUGAACAACCUUUCAUUGACCAUACCACAUUACCACCCACCCAAUUCCAAACAAUCAGAAUAUUUCAAAAUUCAUCCAUGACAUAACCAUUCCUCCUCUGACUAUACUACUCCACUCCCUCCCUUCUUCUUCUUCAACAAUUCUCCCCUCCUCAACAAUGGUGAUGGACGACGACGAUCCCCACUUCACAAUGCCCCCUCAUUUCCGCUGCCCGAUAUCCCUCGACAUCAUGAAAUCCCCUGUGAGCCUCUCCACCGGCGUCACCUACGACCGCGCCUGCAUCCAGCGCUGGCUCGACGCCGGCAACAACACCUGCCCCGCCACCAUGCAGCUCCUCCCCACCAGAGACCUCACCCCCAACCACACCCUCCAACGCCUCAUCCAGAUCUGGUCUGACUCCUCCAAGCCCCCGCAAACCAUCUCCCCUGACCAAGCCAAUCAGCUCCUCCACCGCCUCCACGCCCACCUCUCUCUCAAAUCCUACUCUUUGCUCGCGCAAAGCCUCUCCUCCCUCACCUCCUUCGCCGCUCAAUCGGAGGACAACGCCGCCUUCUUAGCCGCUGCCGCCGCCGGGAUCCUGCCGGCGAUGAUUUCCCUCGCCGGGGAAGUUAGGGAUUUGGUUGUUUUGGAGAGAAUCGUUUCGUUUUGCAAUAUAUUGCUCAAGCAUCUCGAUUCGGAAGGAUUGAGGUCAAAAAUUGAUUUGGGGAAUUUCGAUUUAAAAUUGGGGGUUUUGCUAGGGUUGAAGCAGGGGAGGGUGGGAUUGAGGAAUGCGCUGGUGAAAUUCCUCGAAUUUCUAGCGAAACACAAGUGCGUCGAGAUCAAUUCGAAUUCGAUUUCGGAAGACGAUCAUUUCCACCGCGAAUUGCUCAAGUUGAUCUCCACCAGCUCCGAUUCCGAAGCUUCCGGCGCGGCGCUGAGCUUGCUCAUCCGGUUGGCUCAAUCGAAGAGGAACAGGGCGAGAAUCGUGCGCGCGGGCGGGGUGGCGGCGGUGGCGGCGGCGAUGGGGGAGAAGGAGAAGGAGAUGGGCGCGGCGGCGAUUGAGAAGGCGCUGAGGCUUCUGGAGAUGUUGGCGGGGAGCAAGGAAGGGCGGAAUGAGAUCGGGAAUUGCGUGGCGGAGGUGGUGAAGAAGCUGCUGAAGGUGUCGGGGGCGGCGACGGAGCACGCGGUGGCGGUGCUGUGGAGCCUGUGCUGCCUGCACGGGGACAAGAGGGCGGCGGCGGCGGUGGUGGAGGGGAAUGGAAUGGGGAAGGUGCUGGUGGUGAUGCAGAGCGGUUGCUCGCCGGCGGUGAGAAGGAUGUGCGCCGAUUUGCUUAGGGUUUUACGGUGUGGAUCAAAGACUUCUGGUAUUUCUUGGUAUGAUACUAAGACUACUCAUAUUAUGCCAUUUUGAAUGAGGGGUUUUCUUUUUUAUUUUAUAUUAAUUAUUAUUAUUAUUGUUGAUGGGAAAUAUAUAAUGUAAAUGUGUGCACAAAUUUUGUUGACAAGGAAAUAGAUUUGAUCA